GCUCACAGCCGCUCCGCCUCCAAGACGCUGUGGAAGAAAGGAUCAGAGUCGGAGGGAGGCUGCAUUAAAAAGCGAUAAACAAGCAUCAAUGUAUGUACUCUUUAAAUCUUCGAGAAUGAAAAAUGCGACGGCGGCAGCUAUAAGGACGGGAUUUUAGGGCUGGGGCUGUAUUAAUGCGCCGCCCUGUUAUACCCUCAAGAAAGCGCGUCAAAAGAAAUCUGGGCGACUUGUGUUUACACAGGAGCCAUCCAAAGCCACGUUUUAGCAAGCAAGGUUGGUUGGGACAGUACAGUACAGGACUGUUUAGCUUCUGACUCACUGCCCAUGUAAAUGAAUAGAUGUUUUUGAGAGGUUUGGAUGGCAUGGACUGUCGGAGCUGAUCGAGGCGAGUGCAUGUUGUGCAUGUAUAUUAAUCGCCUUCGUUACACUGUAUGAACUUUCACUGGACAUGGAAACUGUUGCAAACUAGCCACAACUGCGCCUGGCCUCGGUUGCAGGGAGUGGUGCAUCGGCAUCAUUUUUUUCAUCUUUUUUUUUUUUGAAAAGUGGUCUUUUAUUAGUCUCACAUUGCUGCCUGUCAAAGAGCUUGUCGAAAAAGUGUUGUCAACAUGGAGUGUCAGUCCGAGAGGGAGAGCAGCCCUCCGAAGUCAGACAGGAGGUUCCCCCUGACUUACGUCGGCUGGUCCUCGCUGGACAGGCGGACCACGCUGCCCAUGCUACCGUGGCUGGUGGCUGAGAUCCGGAGGAGAGGCGAGAAAGGCGAUUGCGGCCCCGCCGUGCAGCCGAGAGAAGUUCAGCUGGUGCUCAACACCCCUUUCGUCAGAUGUGUCCCCUCCAGCAGCAACAACUGCUCAGUCUUCAUAUUCGAGCACAAAGCACAGCUCAUCUCUCGCUUCAUUCACAACAGCAAUGACCUCACCUAUUUUGCCUAUCUCCUGAGGGGCCAGCCGGACAACCCCGAGUCCGAGAUGUCCUGUCACGUCUUUAAGGCACGUGACCCCAACCAGGUUCCUGAGGUGGUCAGCAGUAUUCGCCAGGUGUCCAAAUCGGCCCUAAAGGAAGACACCAAGCCCAAACAGGAAACUGAUGAAGCCUUCUACAACUCCCAGAAGUUUGAAGUGCUUUAUUGUGGCAAGGUGACAGUCGGGCAUAAAAAGGCUCCGUCCACCCUCAUCGAUGACUGUAUCGAUAAGUUUCGUCAGCAUGAGGUUGAGCGCAAGCGCCUGCGCCUGCUCAACGGCCAGCGAGGGUCCUCAGAGAGCGCCCCUGUGGAGUUCAUCAUGGGGGGAGAAGGAGAUCCACUCUCGUCUGUUCUGAAUCAGAGUUUAGAAGACCCGGAAGGCCCUGGAGUGGAGGACGUGACCGGAGGUGGAGGUAAAGGCCUCUCCAACAGUGCCAGUCAGAGCAGCCUGAGAGGAGCGUUCCCCGAGUGCAUCCUGGAAGAUUCUGGAUUCGAGGAGCCGCAGGAGUUUCGUACGCGCUGCAGCAGCCUGGCAGGGAGUCUGCAGAGAAAGCCGGGGGAAAAUGUCCUCAUGGCUCCCACACGCCGCAGACACUCUAGCGCACCGAACAACGUCCAACCAUCUGAUGCGGACAAGAACCGCACCAUGCUCUUCCAGGUCGGGCGUUUUGAAAUAAACCUCAUUAGUCCAGACAGUAAAACAGUGGUGCUGGAGAAGAACUUCAAAGAUAUCUCAUCUUGCUGUCAGGGUAUCAAGCAGACCGACCAUUUUGGAUUCAUCUGUCGGGACCCAUCAGAGUCUGGUCACAGUCAGUAUGUGUGCUACGUUUUCCAGUGUGCCAGUGAGUCCCUGGUGGAUGAGGUGAUGCUGACCCUGAAGCAGGCCUUCACUACAGCAGCAGCCUUACAAAGCAACAAGACCCAGAUCCAGCUGUGUGAAGCUUGCCCCAUGCAUGACCUGCACAAGCUCUGUGAGCGGAUUGAAGGUCUCUACCCACCCAGAGCAAAGCUAGCCAUCCAAAAAUAUCUCUCCCAGCUGACUGACAAUGAGCAGGCUGAGAUUUUCGAGCGAGUUCAGAGGUUGAAGCCAGGAUCAGACCAAGAGGAGAAUGAGCUGGUGAUUCUCCAUCUUAGACAGCUGUGUGGAAGCAAACAGAAGUCCCACCUCCACAUUGGAGAGACCCCUCAGAAUGCAGCAAACAGCUCGGCAGCAGGAGAUGGCGCAGCCACCAGCAGUCGCUUCAAACUUGAUAUUCUCAAGAAUAAAGCUCGCACCUCCCUCACCAGCUCUCUGGAGAACAUCUUUGCAAGGGGCGCCAGCCGGAUGCGGGGCCGUUUGGGAAGCAUGGGAAGCAUGAGCAGUUUUGAAAGACAGGAUGAGGAAUCUCCUGGUUACUCCCCUCCAAGUUCCCCUCCUGCUUUCAAUGAUGACGACCCGGAAGCUGGCCUGCAGUUCCGUCGGCGCGCCCACACCUUCAGCCAUCCACCUGUGAAGAAACGCAUCUCCUUCGAGGGUCAGCCUACCAACCAGGGGAGACACACUCCUCUGCGCAGACAACACUCUGUUAACCCAGAACUGCUGGAGAGCAGUCCCGUGGCUGUCUCGAGAACGCGCAGUGUUUCGGAGAGCGAGUCCUCCUUCAGCCUCCCCUCCUCCUUCUCUACCCCCAGUUUCCUGAAAAGCUUUUACCAGGGCUCACUGGGCUCCCUGAGCUCCCUGGCAGACAAUGGGAGCCUUAAGAGCAAUGGGGAAGGUAGGAAGAGGACCCUGUCUGCCUGCAGCAGUGACUCUGUGAGUGGAGGUCUCCCCCCAACCCCACGCAGGGUCUCCUGGAGACAGAAGAUCUUCCUGAGGGUCGCUUCACCCAUGAACAAGCCUUCUGCAUCCAUGCAGCACCCAGACCACUCUGAUGCCAGGGAGCUGUUGCCUCUCUCUCCUCGUGCAAGUGUGGAUGUGUUGGGGAACCUGCUGCCCCAGACAGGCGAACAACCGUCUGGGGAGAGGCCCAAGAGGACGGGGACUGACUAUCGAGCUCUUUGGAAAACUGCCAUCCACCAGCAGAUCAUCCUGCUACGCAUGGAAAAGGAGAACCAGAGACUGGAGGAAGCGAGCCGAGAUGAGCUGCACAUCCGCAAGAUGAAGCUGAACUACCAGGAAGUGGGCCAGUGCUCCAAAGAUGCACAGGCAUUGUGGGAGAGAAAACUGACAGCUCCAGGCAGAACGACAGUCCCACAAGACCAGGAGGAGAUGUACCGUGCACUCUGCCAAGGUGUUUCCAAAAGCAGGCGUGGGGAGGUCUGGUUGCUACUUUCCCAUCAGCACCGGCUGUGUCACAGACUGCCUCAACGUCAGCAAGCCCCGGACACCCCCUACCAAGAUCUGCUGAAGCAGCUCACCGCACAGCAGCAUGCCAUUCUGGUGGAUCUAGGCCGGACCUUCCCCACCCACGAGUACUUCUCAGCCCAGCUGGGUGCUGGGCAGCUUUCCCUCUACAACCUCCUGAAAGCCUACUCUCUGCUGGAUACAGAGGUCGGCUACUGCCAGGGUAUCAGCUUUGUGGCUGGCGUGCUGCUGCUCCACAUGAGCGAAGAACAGGCUUUUGACAUGCUGAAGUUCUUCAUGUACGACCUCGGCAUCAGACGCCAGUACAGACCUGACAUGGUCUCUCUGCAGGUUCAGAUGUACCAGCUCUCUAGACUGUUACACGACUACAACCGAGAGUUGUACAAUCACUUCGAGGAACACGAGAUCUGUCCGAGCCUCUACGCCGCGCCGUGGUUCCUCACUCUCUUCGCCUCUCAGUUCCCCCUCGGCUUUGUGUCUCGCAUCUUUGACUUUCUAUUUGUCCAGGGGACUGAAGUAAUCUUUAAAGUGGCCCUCUGUCUGCUGAGCAGCCAUGAGGGAGAGAUAGUAGAGUGUGACACCUUUGAGAGCAUUGUGGACUAUCUGAAAACUACACUUCCCACCCUCAGUCAGACACAAAUGGAGCAGACCAUUGCAAAGGUAAUGGAGAUGGACAUCUCCAAGCAGCUGGAUGAAUAUGACGUGGAGUACCGUGUCCUGCAGGAUGAGAUGUUAGAUGCCGGGCCGCUGCCUGAUGACUCUGACCGGCUGGAUAAACUAGAGAAGACAAAUGCACAGUUGAAGAAACAGAACAUGGAUCUGCUGGAAAAACUUCAGGCUGCACGGCAGAAGAUUCAGACGCUGGAGACAAGCGUGGAGAACUUCCUUUCUCGGGAGAGCAAAAUGAAGCACAUGAUUCGCUCUCUGGAGCAGGAGAGGGCAGCUUACCAGAAGACCAUUGAACGCAUGCGCUCGUGCCUUCCCCCUGACGCCCUGACAGAUGUGGAGAUGACCCAGAUCAAAACAGGACCCAACGGGAAAGCCAAAACUGCAGCCAAGAAGCCCUGAUGGCAACCAAGGGGGCUGGCUGCUCUGGGCAGACGCACAGGCAGAGACUGAAGUGAGCAAAUGCGGUCUGCUUUAGUGAGAGGCUGCUAUUGUUGUACUGCUACACAAGAGUGGCAGGGUUUUGUAAAUGUGCGAUGUCUGGACUUGCAGACUGUAUGGGAAAAUAUCUACGUGAUGUUUGUCAGCAGAUGAUAGAGUGGUGGGAGGAUGGUUUCUGUUAUAUUAGCACCAGACAUCAAAGCCACUGCUUUGUCUCAUCUGUUUCACUGCCAGUUUGAAGGUGAGAUCAAGAUGCACAACAUCCUUCCCUUUUCAGCUCUUUUAGUAAUCACAGGGGAAUUAUUAAAGUGACACUAGUGAAAUGUGCCACUUUAAAUGUUUUUGAGCACUGCCUUGAUGUAUUUACAACCUCUCUCAGUAGCAACACAAUAGCAGUGAACAGAAGAUGCCAGUUUGCAAACAAUCCUUUGGACCUCAGGGUCAACUUAUAGCCAUUACCAGUGUGUAUAAUUCUUGAGUUGAUACCUUUUAUUGUUUUUGAAUCGUGUCUGUGAUGAAAACUUGGCCUCAGGCUAAUCACAUCGCUUUGUAAUUUCCUUUUAUUCACUUGAAAAUUUUGUGAAUGUAAUUUCCCUCCAAAGAUCAUUGUGAUAGCAUUCUGUUUUUCAGAACAGAGAUGUCUGCAAGGUUAGACUUUAAAUUUCAGCAGACAUACGGUAUAGUAUCUUGUUGAACAUCUCUCAGCACCGCACCACUGCCUUCAUGUGAGAGAUCUUUAGCACUUGCACUCACUGCUGCUUUUAAGGAGGAAGUGUUUCUUCCAGAGCUCAGGCAGGAUGUGAGGUCGUCUGUCUUUUGAGUUUCCUGUGUGACUGACCGCGGUGUCGCCUCAUUUUAGCACCACGUUCAGACACUAAGGCAAAGCUCAUGCUCCCCAGGAGGCAACAAAAAAACAGAUAAAGGUGGAGCAGCGAUCUGAAUGUACUGUAUAUCACAUGCUUCUGUUUUUUUAUUUUUUAUUUUUUUGUCAACCCAAUCUGUAAUGCUGAGGUUUGACAAAACUUGCAUUUUCUCCUCCUCCUGUAGUUCCUGAAUGUGGGGCUACAAGCAGCUAGGGUUGUAUGGCUCCAGAUUUCAUGACAACAUACACAUGACAUAUCUGCAGUUGCAUUGCUGUUGGUCACAUGGCCAAUUUUUCUGUUUGCAGUGAACCGUGAGUGUUUCAGUGAGUAGACUGCAAAAGGAAAUGCUGUAAGAACUUAAAGACACAUCAGUUUCAUUUUGAGUGGGGAUAAAUCUGUCUUGAUUUGUGGUAAUAAAUGUACAGUGCAUUCAGAAAGUAUUCACAUUUUGUUAUGUUGCAGCUUCAUACUAAAACCAUUUCAGUUAUUUUUUUCCUCUCAUCUACACUCAAUACCCUCUAAUAAGAAAGCAAAAACAUGAUUUUAGAUUUUUUUUUUUGCAAAUUUAUUAAAAAGGAAAAACUGAAAUAUCACAUUGACAUAAGUAUUCAGACCCUUUAUUCAGUACUUAGUUAAAGUACCUUUUGGCAGCAAUUACAUCCUUGAGUCUUCUUGGGUAUGACACCACAAGCUCUGCCAGUCCCUGCUGCUGAAACCCCCCCCCCCCCCCCACAGCAUGAUGCUGCCACCACCAUGCUUCACCAUUGGGAUGGUAUUGGGCAGGUGAUAAGCGGUGCCUGGUUUCCUCCAGACAUGACACCUAGAAUUGAGGCCAUACAGUUUAAUCUUGGUUUCAUCAGACCAGAGAAUCUUGUUUCUGAGAAUCUGAGAGUCUGUCAGGUGAUUUUUUGCAAACUUUCCUGUGUCUUUCACUGAGGAGAGACUUCCAUCUGGCUAUUUUGCCAUAAAGCCCAGAUUGGUGGAGUAUUGCAGUGAUGGUUGUCCUUGAAGUUUCUCCCAUCUCCACACAGGAUCACUGGAGCUCAGCCAGAGUGACCAUUAGGUUCUUUGUCACCUCUCUUACCAAGGCCCUUCUCCCCCGGCUGGGCGGCCAGCUCCAAGAAGAGUCCUGGUUGUUUCAAACUUCUUCUAUUUAAGAAUAAUGGAGGCCACUGCGCUCUUUGGAACCUUCAAUGCAGAAGAAAUUUUUUUGUAGCCUUCCCCAGAUCUGUGCCUUGACACAAUCCUGUCUCUGAGCUCUGCAGGCAGUUCCUUCACAUUGGUCUUUGCUCUGAUAUACAUUGCCAGCUGUGAGACCUUAUAUAGACAGGUGCAUGUCUUUUACAAAUCAUGUCCAAUCAAUUGAAUUUACCACAAGUGGACUCCAAUCAAGGUGUAGAAACAUCUCAAAGAUGAUCAGUGAUUCUGCAUGUACUGAAUACUUUCUGAAUGCACUGUAUGUACACACACAAACACGAGCUGUGCAGUCAACUGGAUGACUGUAUGUGCAGACAGUUCAAAUGAGUUCAAAGAGUGUCCCUUGUUCUCUCAGUUUUGUUUAAAUCCCACCUCUAUGUCUGACUCACCAAUUCCAGUUCUGAUUGAAGGCAAAACAGUCCUGGUCUCUGCUUUCACAAAACCCUCAUAUUAACCAAGGUGAUGUCUAUCAUGAAAAAAGUACUUACUAACUGUGUCUGUCAGUCUUCCUGUCCUUGGUGACAGGUUGUGGUGACACAUUCGUUUCUGUUUCAGUGUAAAGUUUUUAUUCUUGAACUUCAGUCCAAGCAGACAUAUCCUUUGAUAACCAAAGCAAGAUGUUUCUGUGUAUUUGCAUAUACCCAGUGCACUUGCCUACUUUUGCUAAGUUACAGCAGCUAAUUCACAUUACGUUUGAUAGUUUGAUAAAUCCAGCCUGGUGUUCCCUGUCAGGGUGAAAUGUUCUUGAAGGGAUGGAGGUGACGUAAAAGUUUGCACCAAACCUCUCUCAAUAGUUUGACAAGUAAAACACGUCAACUCAUUUUAAAAUCUGUCAUCAAAGGAAACGUUUGCCUGUAUUUUGCUUAUUUACAGUGUUGUGCAUCAUAGAAAUUGACCAUUGAACCAAAGAUGUGGUUGGUUUUCAAAAAUGAAUGAAUGAAACAUGAAUGAAGAAUGUUCGACCUGAUAACUUGUCACUACACCAAGGUUUGCACUAAGACAACAACUUGAAAGGAUACCAAAUAUUGGCUGUAAAAACACAAAAAAAAUCAUCAUCCUCAUCUUAUUAAUUUGUGCCAAAUGUUUAAGAUGGCCUUUAUUCUCCAUUAAUCGGAGAUAUAAGACCAUUUUGUCAAUAUCUAAUGUGAACCACAUCCUGGUGGUGAGCAGAGGGUGUUUAUUUUACAUCGGGUGCUGUCAGUGCUGACUACUAAAUAAUUCUUGAAUCACUGUGUUUUAAGGAAAUACAUUUAAAAGACUUUUUCUGUCAACAUGAGGGCUACACAGAGCAAAGAAACUGUCACAAAUUCUUCAAUAAACCUCACUUUGCCUUGUU